ACAGCGCUCUGUGUUCGUUACAAACUGCAACUGAGAAUAAAAUAAAUAUACUUGUCACCGAGUCUCACCUGUAGAGCAGUUAUUUUCGUCUGACAUGUAAUAAUACUAUGCCGUUUUUAACGACACGAAUAAAGUAGUUAAUUAUUCAGAUGAUAAAUUGUUUAUCGUUGCUUUCUAGUGAAAGUGAUCUUUGAGUGCAGGUUACUCUUCAAAAAAAGUUGCAUGCUCGUAAGAUUACGGAAGUAAAAGUUAUUUAUUCUUUGGCGACACAUUGCAAAACUAAUUUUGCUGAAUAAUUUCCAUGUGGUUCAGUUAAAGUAAGAUUUACUAACUGAAACUAUUAAGAGGGUCUUUCCUGUAUUUUUAGAAAUUCUGCUACAAAAUGAAGCAUAUAUGUAUAUCAGCGCUUCUUGUUAUGAUGCUAACUUGUCAAAAUGGGAGAGCUUCGGUAUUAGAAUGGUUUUGGAAAAAGGAUACAGAUGAUACCACAGUUUUAGUGGCUGAUGGAGUACCACUGAUCUCUAUUCCAUAUGAAUCUAUGACUGAAGAUGAAAAAUUUCUUCAAGAAGCGUCAAAAUUUACAGAAAUUCAAACAUCAUCACCAUUGGAAACUUGUCAACAUAAAGUUAUCAUGAAAAUUAAAACUUCUUGUACUGCAAUGACAGAAGAAGAGCUGGCCAAACUAAGCGUUAAUCUUUUGAAUUGUCAAUCUGCAGUGGAAGGCAGAAAAAUGUUUCCUUGCACUGAAGAAAUGUCAUUGAAACAAUGUACUACAGAUAUGGAUGCAGAUAUGUGGAAUGCAUAUCAUUUAAUGAGCAACAGAGCUAGGGCAGUUUGUUAUGCAGCUCGUAGUACACAGUUUCGUGCUCUGACAGAGUUGACUGUGAAUAAGUUAAUGCAAACUGCACAUACCCAGAUUAAAACAUUAAGCUCAUUGAAGGAAGGUCAAGAUCGUUUGGAAGAACAAACAGUGGAAGCAUUAUCUUCUUUAUCUGAAGGUAACAAAGCAUUGUUAGAACAGCAACAGCACCUAAGGGAUGCACAAGCAUCAGCUCAUAAUCUUGUAAGCACAAAUUUGAGAGAAUUGAGCAGUGAAAGAGCAUUGAUUCGAUCAGGGCAUGCACAACUUGCUGCAAUGACAGAAGAUCUCAGAAACAAACUAGAACAAGCAAAUAGAAAUCUUGAACAACAAGCCAUCGAACGUGGUGAAAAUCAUAGAGAAAUACUUGAAGAUUUGAUGAGCAUUCAAGAACAAGCACAAGUAAUUUGGGACAAACUAGAAUCUAGUACCAACCGAAUUUUCACACAACAUGAAGAAGCACUUUUACAGUAUGAACAAACGUUACAGAAGUUAGCUCAGAUUAAUGAAACUAUUCAGUAUGUUUGGAACAUAACAAACACUAUGCGUGCAGAAGUGGAUGAGAAACUUAACUGGUUAACAAACUACAUAGGCGACACUGGAGAUCAAAUGCACAGGAUGUAUCGUGCAGGGUUGCAUAUUGUGUAUUUAUUGCUUGCUAUGGUGACUGCUUCGUUUCUCCACGCACCUCUGCUCACUAGAAUCACGAUUAUGGGACUUGUCCCAUUAAAUCUACUAUCAUAUCUAAAACAUGGAAUGGAUGCUUGCUUGGAUUUUACUUCAUUGACGGCUCUGAUAUUUUUGAUUACAACAAUGCAUUUUGUGAUGAUCGGAAUUCAGCGCUUAUGCGGACUAAGGUCAAGAAAUAUACGACCAGAACCAGUUCAAGUUAUGAAUACAAAUGGUCAUAUGAACGGAACUUCUCACAGUUAUGUUUCAUCUUCGUAUAGUAAUCUUGCAACAUCGCGAGAUCCCUCAGUCUCUUUAUACGCAAAACUGAAGAACAGUAUACGACAAUUUUAUAACUUUGUCCGAUAUGAAAUAAAUUUAGGCAUUCAGAAAUGUAGUUCCUUGAUGCAGUCAAUAGCUUCAUGGAGCAAGCAAAGUUUAACGCAGCGCGAAGAGCUUUCCUGCUCGUACAUACCUUCAAGAAGGAACCGUGAAGAUCUUGUUCAUAGUUAUGAGCGAGAGUUCCCUAGCAUGUCCGAAGACGUCACUGAUUUUGAAAACUCUAAUAUAAUAAAUGGAAGAAACGAAAGUAUCGACGAUCUUGACAAAUUAACCGAUGCACACGAGUUAAGAUUACGCUUGAAGAGAAGAACUACUAGAUCUCCUCGUUCUCAUGCUCGUUCACCUACCAGAAGUGUCACCUCAUCAUCGGACACGCCGUCUCGCAUUCUGUGCAAUGCAAUAACAAAAACUGGAAGCAGGUGUCGUAUAGCAGCAAUGAAUGAUCACAUUUAUUGCUACAGACAUGUAGAUGGGUCCUCGUUGUUAGGUGACUAAAAUAUUUUUUAAGACGUUACUUCUAUAAACUGUAAAUUAAUAAAAGGUAGUUUGUAGUUUGAUGUAGAACAGACAAGUGGGAUAGAUAGUGUAGAUUAUAUUUAUUCACUAUCGUUUUAAUUACAAUUUUAACGAUAGUCGUAUUUAGAUGUUAUAGUUAGAUCUAUUAUUCGAUUUGGUGCCACAAUCGAAUAUUAUUUUGGAUUUGUUUUUAAUGAUAACACUGUGCCUUUGACGAGUUGCCUUGAAUUAUUAAGACUUAGAUAGUAAAUCAAAAUUAUAAAAAAGAAAAUUACGUUGUAUAU